AUGAACUCACGUGAAUAACAAUUUAUAAAUGAUGAUGUUGUCUUAUCUUCUGAUGAUGAGGAGCAGCUCUCAAUGAUUAUUGAACAUGAUCCCACAGGUCGAUUCUGCAAAUAUAACGAAGAAAUAGGCAAGGGAGCUUACAAAAAUGUAUAUAGAGGUUAUGAUAAUGAAAGUGGCUGCGAGGUUGCAUGGAAUGUCUUUUAGUUAACGAAUGUCUCAGAAAAUGAGAGAAGAAGAGCCAAAUAAGAGAUUGCAAUUUUGAAAAGUCUGCAGCACCAAAAUAUCAUCCGUUUCAUACAUUCUUGGCAAAGCAAAUCGAAGAAGGAAAUUGUUUUUAUUACUGAAAUCGUGAAUGGAGGUUCCUUGAAAAGUUAUAUAAGAAGAAUAAAAAGACCCAAAUUGAAGGUAAUACGCUAUUGGUGCAAGCAGAUUUUGGAAGGAAUUGAAUUCAUGCACUCCCAAAAUGUCAUCCAUAGGGAUUUGAAAUGCGAAAACAUUUUCAUUGACACCAACAACAAUGAAUUAAAAAUUGGGGAUCUGGGAUUGUCCAUUUAAAUGUAAUCUCAGAAUACAAGUUCCGUCUUAGGCACCCCAGAAUUCAUGGCCCCUGAAAUAUACCAAGGUAAUUAUAAUACCAAGGUGGAUAUCUAUGCAUUUGGAUUGUGCGUUCUAGAAAUGGUAACUGGCUUGAAGCCCUUCAGUGAAUGCAAAGGAGGCACAGGUUAGAUUAUCAAAAAAGUGAUGGAAUCCUAAAAACCACAAAGCAUAGAAGCAAUUCUAAACGAAAAAAUCAAAACAAUAAUUUUAGAAUGUCUCAACCCUCCAGAUCAGAGACCUACAGCUACUCAAUUAUUGAACCAAUACUUUCAAUCUACCUUUUAAGAUGACGAUAAUUUACCUGUCUCCAUCAAUGAAUCCCUCCUUGUUCAAAUUACAAACGAUAGCAAAAAUUCCUCUGUCUUAAAAUAUAUUCCUUCGAAAAAUGUGAGUGAAUAGAAAGGAACUAACAAUUAGGUUCUGGCUAAUAAUCAAUCCUAUAAAGUCAAUUCUAACAAUAUCCUCUAAGAAAUCAAUCCUAAUUCAAUGAAAUAAAGCGGAGUUAAGUUCAACAAACUAAGCAUUGAUACUAUUGAUGAUUAUUCUGUGGAACAGCAAUUUACUAAACAGUAUAGGGAAUAUUAUGUAAGAAUUCACGUUAUGAAGCUAACUUAAAAUGAUGAAACCUUGUAGGAUCUUGAAUAGAGACAAGAGAAGGAACUUUAGUUACUUAAAAAUAUUCAUAAAUAAUAGAAGACAGAACUCUCGAAUAAAUUAUCGUUAACCAAUAGAGUUCCUGUCAUUCCUCAGGGAUCAGGGUUUUUAUCUCCAAAAUCGUUUUUUACACUAUUUGAGUAUAACAGCAACGAUUUCCAACAUCAACAAAUAUCAUAAUAAUCAGUGGUGUGUCCCCUUAAAGUUUUCUAGAGAGCAGAUACGCUUAGUUAAGACGAAGAUGGGGUUAAAAAAAAUGAAUUCAAAAGUGAUACAAUCAGUACUAAUCAAUCGCAACAAUAAUGUAAAUUUAAUACAGACGUUGCGUUGUAAUCGAAGUCAUAAAGUAUUCGACCAAUUUUUUAAAGUUGA